CCUCUGAGUGAUCGCCACCGUCCGAUGAGAACCCAGCGCUGCCCUGCUUUUGUUCGUCGCCGAGAGGAUCCGCAGGCGGAGGAUGGCCAAGUGAGCUUGCCAGUGCCUCGUGACCCUCCCUCCGUCAGCAGGACUCAACUGUGGGGAGCACCUGAGAGCGAGCGAGAGACAGACAGAAAGAGACGGAGGAGAAGAAGAAGAGGAAGAGGAAGAGCCGAGACACGCAAAGAGAGAACGCUGUGCCAGAAUGGCCGACCCCAUCAUGGAUCUGUUUGACGACCCCGGCCUGUUUGCCGAGGGCUUGGAGUCGCUGACGGAUGGCUCCAUUGCUGACCACCUGGACCUGGGCGAUGGCUUCGAGCCCCUGGAGCCUGCAUCCGAGCUCAGCAAGGUUCACCCGUUCGACGGGCUGCCUCCGUUUCCCACCCCAGCCACUGCUGCCCAGGAUGGAGGCCAGGCUGAGCAGCACCAACCCCACACCCCCUAUGCCAUCUUCUCUGCCCUCAAAUCACCCGGCCAGAGCCCCCUGUGGGGGCAGGCCGAGGGCGGGGGAGACGCUGCUGGAGGAGGAGGAGGAGUGGGGGGAGGAGUCGGCCUGUCUCCUGCCCCUCCAGCCACUCAUGAACCUGAGUAUUUGGCUCACCACGACUACGCUCUGCAGCAGGCUGAGCGCCAACCUCCCGAACCAGCCUCUGUGCCCGCUUCCGACCCCCCUCCUGCGCUUGACCCCUUCGGCAAGGACCAGGGGGCACUGAGCCAGGGGAACCCCUUCAUGGGGGCACAGGCCUGCCCCCCAGCACCUGCAGCGGAGGUCCCGGACCCACUCCGGGCACCUUCCUCCGAUUCGACGCCCCCAUCCUCCUCCUCGUCCUCCUCCUCUUCGUCCUCCAGCACCGUCACCACCUCCCAGUACAGCGUCCGCUACUCCCUGCCCGGCCAGACCAUUCCCAACGGAGAGGUGGUCGUUCCAGCCACGGCUGUGCUGGCUAGCUCCCAGGGUGUCUCCUACAGCACCGCCGCUCCCGUUCCCACUCCAGCCAAUGGAUCAGCUGGAGCACCUCCCCUCAGCCCGCUGGUGCUCCAACCGGUAGCAGCGCAGCCGGGGCACGGGGGCCUGACUACCGCAACGCUGUCUGCUGCUGUGAAACCCAAUGUGACCAUUGCACCGUCGCCAGCCGCACAGGGGGACCCGAAGCGGAUUACUCUGGUCCUGCAGCAGCCGGCAGGAUCGAACCAGUCCAGCCCGCGCCACGUGAUGAUGAGGACCCUCCCGGGCAAGAUCCUGAUCCAGGGGCAGCAGAUCACGGCGCUGGCUCACGGCCAGGGGGCAAAGGGGCUGCCGGGCCAGGCUGGCAAAGUGGUAACCAUCCAACUGCAGCUGCAGAGCCCCCAGCAGAAGCUGCAGCCGUGCCAGAUGAUCCUGCAACAGCAGCCAGUGACGGUGGCUGCUAGCCAACGGCCCCCGGCCCAGCAACAAGCCCAGGGCCAGGGCCAGGCCCAGCAGCUCCAAGCAGUACCAGGUCAGGUUGUCGCACAGGCCCAG